GACAGCAUAUGGAAGAGACAGCGGCUGGGCUCGGUCUGGGGACAUGAUGGCCUUAGACGACUGUUUUCUUUUCCCCUUCCAACCCUCCUUGGAUUGGGAUCUACAGACCUUUGAACUUGGCGAUCACCAUGAAUUCAUGCCUUUGGCUACGGAGGAUCCGAUGUCGUCGACGGAGGCCUCCACCGGGUAUUUACAAGAUGCGGUGGCUGCGUGGAGUGAUCGGUGCAAGCGGAGACGAAUGACUUCAAAUUCUGAUGACGAUCCGAUCUCGAUGACAAAAGAUCUCCAAGAUCUUCUUCAAGGGUUUUGGGAUUCAAAUUGCUAUGCAGAUCCCUUGGAUGAUUUGAAUUACAUGCUUCAAGAUAACAGUACCGUCUUAGAAGAUCCUCCGAGUUCCUCCAUGCCCAUGACAGGACCCAGCACCCAAGACGCAAUUGCAUCACAACACCAACAGGAGCCCCUCUCUUCUCUUUCUUCUCAAGAGGAACCCUUACGUACAGACACAGGUUGGAAAGCUACGAAGGAGUCAAGAGACACCAAGGCUUCUCCUCAUCCUUCCCUCAGAGUAAUCAAAAGUUUCUCUCCCAAAGAAACCGAGAGCUGGCGUGGUAAGAAGAAGAAGGAGGCAAUGGGGGUGGUGUAUCCCUUCGCAGUGGUGAAGCCAGGAGGGCUGGAAGGGGACGUGACGCUCGACGACAUCAACGCAAGGAUUCUCAUGCGCCCAGCACGACCUGUGCACCAUCCCGUAGGGGAUUUCGCCGGCGGUCCGUGUGUGUCGGCCGAUGGGCCAGGACUUUCUGGGAAGGCAGUGGCGAGCCUCACAAGGAUCCACACUAAAGGGAGGGGGACUAUCACUAUCAUAAGAACAAGAGGGUGAAGGUUUUAGAGUUUGUUCUUGGUACAAGAGAUCAACAAGGCUAACUAAUUUUGUAUUUGUAGCUUUCGCAUCCUUGUAAAUGCAGCGUUUCUAGUGGUAAUAAUAUAUAUUAAUUUGCUCA